AACAAGAUGGAAAGAUGCUUGUUCCAGAUAACAAGAAUUAUUUAUUGACAGUGUUGUUUAUCUGUAGGUGUAUGUGUCCAUGAAGAUGUGUAACCUGACAAGACUCCCCGAAUUCAUCCUUUUGGGACUCUCCUCUCGCCCCGAGGACCAGAAGCCACUCUUUGCCCUCUUUUUUAUCAUGUACCUGGUCACCUUGGUGGGAAAUCUGCUCAUCAUCGUGACUAUCCGCUCUGAUCCUCAACUCCAAAACCCCAUGUAUUUUUUCCUGAGCGUCUUGUCCUUUGCUGAUAUUUGCUACACAACAGUCAUAGUCCCCAAAAUGUUAGUGAACUUCUUAUCAGACACAAAGACCAUUUCCUAUGCUGACUGUCUGGCACAGAUGUAUUUCUUCCUGGUCUUUGGAAAUGUGGACAGUUAUCUUCUGGCAGCUAUGGCCAUUGACCACUAUGUAGCCAUUUGUAACGCUUUCCACUAUGUCACUAUUAUGAACCACAGAUGCUGUAUGUUGCUACUGGUCUUCUCGAUAGCUUUCUCCUGCCUCCACUCCCUCCUCCAUGUUCUCCUGGUGAAUCGACUCACCUUUUGUGCAUCAAACAUUAUCCAUCACUUUUUUUGUGAUGUCAACCCUGUUCUGAAACUGGCCUCCUCUUCUACCUCUGUCAAUGAAGUUGUGGCCAUGACAGAAGGGCUGGCCUCUGUGAUGGCCCCAUUUGCCUGCAUCAUCAUUUCUUACCUGAGGAUCCUCAUUGCCAUCCUCAAUAUCCCCUCAGCUGCUGGAAAACGCAAAGCCUCCUCCACCUGCAGCUCCCAUCUCACUGUGGUGACUCUGUUUUAUGGGAGUAUUAGCUAUGUCUAUUUCCAGCCGUUGUCAAGCUAUACCGUCAAGGACCGAAUAGCAACAAUCAUCUACACGGUACUGACAUCAAUGUUGAACCCAUUUAUCUACAGUUUAAGAAACAAAGACAUGAAACGGGGCUUAGGGAAACUGAUAAGUAGGAUUAAGUCUGAAAUGGAUAGGCUUUCUACUGCAACAACCAACAAAAUUAAUGGACCCUAACU